UGUCCUCUCCUUGGCAUUUUGUUUGGAAACCGUCUACUUGGUCAACACUGACCGGGGUGUCACUUAUUGUGGCUGCGCUGAAUAGGAACCAGCGAAACCGAGGAGAGCCGGAGAGAUCAGCGGGGAGGAGAGCGGUCUGCACGCCGGGAGGAGAGCGAGUCUCCGGGCUGCGGCUGUGCGUCUCUGCGCUGUAGGGACCAUAGACUGUAUAUGGUAGGGACCCGCAGGACCGGGUUGGAACCGGGCGCUGUGGUGGUUCCAAGGCUUUUUUUAAAAGGGGUGUUCGAGGAAUAGCUUGGACUUGGUUUUGAGGGGACGAUUGUGGUGACAUUUGUCCAGCAGCAUCGGAGGGAGCCUGUCGGGUCGCACACUCUGCUCCACGCAUGUUGGAAGUGGAGAGAGGAGGGCUGGAUGCCUGCGGGUCUGCGAGUCCUCAAGGCGCAGCCAAGGAUUACCCCCAGCCCGGCCAUCGUCUGACGGACUAAAGGACACGAAUCAGGAGCGGUGUAAUUUCUCUGUCGUUUCUUCGUGCGCUUUGGCGUCUUUGGAGAGGAUAUGGCACGGCCGGCACUGGAGAGGGCAGCGCAGCCGGCACAGGCGAGAGGAAACCGGAGCUGAAUGACAGGAUGCCAGCGACCUGAGCCCGCACUCAGAUCACUCCCGACUGCGCUAAAAGACACACUUUCUGCUUUUCUUUGACGAGUUAAGAGCAGAACAAGAAGAAGAAUACUUACCAACCCCCCCAAAAAAAGAGACGCUUUUUGAGGAGUUUAAUUUUUAAAGUUUUUUUGUAUGAGUCAUUUUAUUUUUGGGGUGAUUAAAAACAAGGAUGCAUUGUGGAUUAGUCUUGAUCCUGUUCACGGGAAUCCUCUUGGUGGUCAAGGCUUUCAAAAACGAUAAAUGUGGCGGCAACAUCCGAAUCUCAAACGCCAACUACCUCACGUCGCCCGGAUACCCCAUGUCCUACCCCCCCUCUCAGAGGUGCGUGUGGGUGAUCUCGGCGCCUGGCCCUCACCAGCGGAUCCUCAUCAACUUCAAUCCGCAUUUCGAUCUGGAGGACCGGGAGUGCAAAUAUGAUUACAUCGAGGUGCGAGAUGGCGUGGACGAGAGCGGCCAGCUGGUGGGAAAGUACUGCGGGAAGAUCGCCCCAUCUCCGGUCGUCUCCUCGGGAAACCAGCUCUUCAUCAAGUUUGUGUCGGACUACGAGACCCAUGGAGCAGGUUUCUCCAUCCGAUAUGAGAUCUUCAAGACAGGUCCCGAAUGCUCCAGGAACUUCACCUCCAACAGCGGCGUCAUAAAAUCCCCCGGUUUCCCGGAGAAGUACCCCAACAACCUGGACUGCACUUUCAUGAUCUUCGCCCCAAAGAUGUCCGAGAUCAUCUUGGAGUUCGAGAGCUUUGAGCUUGAGCCGGACCCGACGCCCCCUACUGGUGUGUUCUGCCGCUAUGACAGACUGGAGAUUUGGGACGGCUUCCCCGGAGUCGGCCCAUACGUCGGGAGGUACUGUGGGCAGAACACUCCUGGCAGAAUCAUCUCCUACACAGGCAUCCUGGCGCUAACAAUCAACACUGACAGUGCCAUCGCUAAGGAGGGCUUCUCUGCCAACUUCACCGUCAUUGAAAGGACCGUUCCAGAGGACUUUGACUGCAGCGACCCUCUGGGAAUGGAAUCGGGGGAGAUAACAUCGGACCAAAUCAUGGCUUCAUCCCAGUACAACCCCAGCUGGUCCCCAGAGCGCUCCAGACUCCACUACUAUGAAAACGCAUGGACACCGGCUGAAGACUCAAACAAAGAGUGGAUACAGGUGGAUCUUGGGUUCUUGCGGUUUGUCGCGGCCAUCGGUACCGAGGGCGCCAUUUCCCAGGAGACCCAGAGGGUUUACUUUGUCAAGUCGUACAAGGUGGAUGUCAGCUCGAACGGAGAGGACUGGAUCACUUUGAAGGAAGGCUCCAAACAAAAGGUUUUCCAAGGCAACACCAACCCAAAAGACGUUGCCAAGACAAUGCUGCCUAAACCCACGCUGACACGCUUCAUUCGGAUCCGUCCGGUUACCUGGGAAACAGGCAUCGCGCUGCGCUUCGAGGUGUACGGAUGUAAAAUAUCAGAGUACCCGUGCGCGGGCAUGCUGGGCAUGGUGUCAGGCUUGAUCACCGACAACCAGAUCACAGCGUCCUCCCACACAGACCGGAACUGGGUGCCAGAGAACUCUCGCCUGCUGACGAGCCGGACGGGCUGGACUCUGCUGCCCCAGCCCCAGCCCUUCACCAACGAAUGGCUGCAGGUGGAUCUCGGGGAGGAGAAGAUCGUGAAGGGGUUAAUCAUCCAGGGGGGCAAGCACCGUGAGAACAAAGUCUUCAUGAAGAAGUUCCGUCUCGGCUACAGCAACAACGGCUCUGAGUGGAUGAUGGUGCUCGACACCAGUGGGAAUAAGCCAAAGAUAUUUGAAGGAAAUAGUAACUACGACACUCCUGAGCUGAGGACAGUGGAGUCCCUGCUGACGCGUUUCAUCAGAAUAUACCCAGAGAGGGCCACUCCUGCUGGCAUGGGCCUGCGACUCGAGCUCCUGGGCUGUGAGAUUGAAGCCCCCACGCUGCCGCCGACCACCAUCGUCCCGCGCACCACUCCGUCAGACGAGUGUGACGACGACCAGGCGAGCUGCCACAGCGGCACAGGUGAUGACUACGACGUGACAGGUGUCACCAUCAUGCCAGAGACCACUACUGUUGACGUGGAUACCAUCCCAGCUUUCCUGUGGUUUGCCUGUGACUUCGGCUGGGCCAAUGACCCGUCGUUCUGCAGCUGGACAUCCGAGGACACCGGCUCCAAGUGGCAGAUCCAGUCCAGCGGCACCCCCACCCUGAACACUGGACCCAACAUGGAUCACACAGGCGGAUCAGGCAACUUCAUCUACACGUUGGCGGCUGGUCCCCAGGAGACGGAGGUGGCUCGGCUCGUCAGCCCCGUGGUCAGCUCCCCAGACUCGGACCUCUGCGUGUCCUUUUGGUACCACAUGUUCGGGUCGCACAUCGGCACACUGCACAUCAAACAGCGCAAGCAGACGGAGGAAGGGCCCGCAGACAUCCUGCUGUGGACGGUCAGCGGUCACCAGGGCAACCGCUGGAGAGAAGGUCGCGUCUUUGUGCCGCGCACCAACAAACCCUAUCAGGUGGUGAUCGAAGGGCUGGUGGAGAGAAAGAGCUGGGGAGACAUUGCUGUGGACGACAUUACUGUUCUCAAUGGGCUCAGUAUGGCGGACUGUAAAGACCCUGACGUACCCACUGAGGCCAUGCUACCAGAGGAUGGCUUCAAUGAAAUCCUGGAAGAGAUCACUGAAUACCCGGUGUUCGUGGAGACAAACCAGAUCAGCGGAGCAGGCAACAUGCUAAAGACCCUCGACCCCAUCCUCAUCACUAUCAUCGCCAUGUCCGCCCUGGGGGUCUUCCUGGGCGCCAUCUGCGGCGUGGUGCUGUACUGCGCCUGCUCACACGGGGGCAUGUCGGACAGGAACUUAUCAGCCCUGGAGAACUAUAACUUUGAGCUUGUGGACGGCGUCAAGCUAAAGAAGGACAAACUCAAUGUACAGAGCUCAUACUCAGAGGCUUGAGAUGGGACUGAGCACAUCAAUGAAACUGUGUGACGUGCACGGCUCCCAGAGCGUGCACUAGACUGGCUGUAGGCGUAUCCUCUCGUGUCUCCGCGAGCAGGUGCGCUCAACGGACUGCCAACGCCCUCACCUCGCUGGAUGAGGGACAGGUUCAGGAUCCAGUGGGGAGGUUUGGACUGAUCCACGCUUUUCUCAGGAGCUGCAGUAAAAAAAAAAAAGAACCUACCUGUAGGGGACACUGUGUACAAAUAAAAUACAGAAAAGAAUAUGUACAGAUGAUUUAGAUGAUAUUUUAAUUUUCUAUUUUGAUUUUCAUUCAUUUUUACAAUCGGAUGCUGGUGUUGAGACCAAUUUAUUAAUAAUGUUUAAAGUAUUUAUCGUUUUCUGGGAGAGAAAUGUUUGUUUCGUCAUCAGUUCAUGAAGGCUGUUGUAUAUUUUCAACUUUUGAAAGAGACGUAUCAAAAAAACUUCAAACGAACCUUAUCUGGCGAAGCUGUGGAUUUGCCCCAUGUUGUGGUAAACAGGGUGAGUCCGUAGGACCCUGACACUUGUCCUCUUUCCUCUUUGACCCAGAUCACUUUAAAGUGAGGGUUCCAUUCAUGGCAAUGUAUGGUUCUAACAGUGCCUUUAGUACAUUUUGGUUGCUCUCCUCUGUUGAUUUUUUACUGUAUAUGGCUUAAGUUAUAAUUACAGGAAACAGGGGCACAUUAUCUUAUAAAUAUCUACAAACCAGGAUAACAAUCUACCACUGCGCUUUAUUUUCUUUUUCUUCUUGUUGUCGUCGUUUUCUGUCCCAAAAAAACCACACACUGUAAAUAAGUUUUAAUAUAUUUUAUUGCCCUUUUUAAAGAAAGUCAAAAGGAAAAAAGCUGCAGUAUCCCUUUUUUCAUGGGUUUGUGUGUGCGUGUGUAAAUACAAUCCUCUCACUGUUUUGUGGAAGGUGCAGUGUUACUUCUCUUUCAGAUUUAGUUGCUCGGACGAGCCAGAUUCAUGUGAUGCUGAUGUUGCAGCAGUUUCAAUGUGCAUUCAAGCAUCUGUCAUCCAAACCACUGCACAAAAAAUAAAAACAGAAGAAGGUCACAAAAGAAAAAGCUGACAUACUGAACUCUUGGCACCUUCUCUCUUUAAAAUAAUCCCUCAUUUCUUCAUGAGUCACCAGAAUCUUUCAGAUUAAGCCUCAAACACACUCAUGUCGAUGGCACAGCGGCUGGUCAAUUAUUCAUCUGCCAGCAAACCAAAACAAGUCCUCAUCCUUUGGUUUCAUCUCAGACCAACACUAACUCUCCCAACAUCACUGUGGUUUGAGUUCUGUCUGGACGAUGCAGCUUGAAUGCACCUUGUUUCUGACCCCCCUCGUGAUAGGAGCCUAUCAACCCGGGGGGGUCACUACACUAACUGAAGAAUGGUGCUCUCAUUACUUUAGCCAGACAAGCGUGUCUUGUGAUAGAACCCCUGUUUGUAUCCUUCACAUGCUGUACUGUAGCUUCACGGCCGCUCGGGCCGCAACCAGAGUUGUACAUGUGUUCACGUGUAGCAGCCAUACCAUUGUGAUGUCAGAGCUGAUGUCAUGGGGACGGGUCGCUGGUGCAGCGGAGGGUCGAGUGGCAUCCCCUGAAUCAGGUCACCUGUCCUCCUCCUCCUCCUCCUCCUCCU